CCCUCAGUGACCCCUCUUUUCUCCCCAGGUGCUGUGUCAGAUCGAGGAGAAGCGGCAGCGCCUGCCGGCUCUGGCGGGCCGGGAGGGCGUCCCCUCGUCGGCCGGGGCCCUGCAGCGCGCGCUGGGCGCCUUCGAGCGGGACGUGGAGGCGCUGGUGGCGCAGGUGCGGCGGCUGCAGGAGGGGGCGGCGCAGCUGAGGACCCUCUACGCGGGCGACAACGCCGAGGCCAUCGCGGGGCGCGAGCGGGAGGUGCUGCGCGCCUGGAAGGAGCUGCUGGCGGCGUGCGAGGAGUGCCGGCUGCGCGUGGCCGGCGUGGCCGACAAGAUCCGCUUCGUGGGCGCCGCCCGCGACCUCCUGGCCUGGAUGGACGGCGCGCUGCAGCAGAUGGCGGCCGCGGACAGGCCCAGGGCGGUGUCGUCGGUGGAGCUGCAGAUGUCGGAGCACCAGGCCCUGAGGGCGGAGAUGGAGUCGCGGGCUCCGGGCGUGGCCUCGUGCCUGGAGCUGGGCAAGAGCCUCGUGCUGGCCAAGAGCCCCGCCAGCGACGAGAUCAAAUCCCACAUGGAGAAGCUGCUGGAGAAGAAGAAGGAGAUGACGGAAAAGUGGGAAAAGCACUGGGAGUGGCUCCAGCAGAUGCGGGAGGUUCACCAGUUUGCGCAGGAGGCCGUGGUGGCCGACGCGUGGCUGACGGCGCAGGAGCCGCUGGUGCGGAGCCAGGAGCUGGGCAGCAGCGUGGACGAGGUGGAGCAGCUCAUCCGGCGCCACGAGGCCUUCCGCAAAGCGGCGGCCGCCUGGGAGGAGAGGUUCAGCUCCCUCAGGAGACUCACCACGCUGGAGAAGCUCCGCGCCGAGCAGAACCAGCAGCCUCCGACGCCCCUCCUGACCCGCAAGUUCCUGGGAGGGACCCCAGGGUGCCCCCUCGCCCUCCUCGUCCCCGGGGUGCCCCUCCCCAGGAGGAGGGGGUGGGGUCCCUCCCCUCCCACGGCGGGGAGCCCUGCGUGGCCACCGUGGCCACCGUGA